AAACAGUACAGCUAUCAAAACGACGUCGGUUCAUCGCCUAAUUUUGGACUGUUUUCAUGGUGCACAGUCCACACUGCCAUUGCCAUCAAAGAUGAAAGAACCACAGAACCAAAGCUGAAAUAGAGAACAACAAACAAUUAGGGCAGAAGCCCCUCAAAUUUCUCAACGCCAUCACUCUCCAGCUCUUCCGCGAUCAAUCUGUGGAAUGAUCUUGCUUUGCAUUGGCUGAUGACUAUGUGAGGUUUUCUUUUACGGCCGAAGCUUAAAUUUGGUAUAACUUAUUUUUUUGCAAUCUUUAACUAAGAGAAUGGACUCCAGUGCAACUCCUGGACCAGAUGAUCCCUUGAUUCUCAAAGAGCAAGAUAAUCACAUAUCAUCAGACAUUUGGGAUGGAAAGGAAAGAGGUGUACUUAGAUGUCUAGAGCAUACUUCCAUUCUUGAAAGAUGGAAACUUACAGGAAAACAGAUUGAGCUGGUUGGAAAGGCUGGAUUUGGGUACUUGAGAUUGAUGCCAGCAGUAACCCUUGACUGUGCACUCAUCUCAGCACUAGUAGAGAGAUGGAGAAAGGAAACGAAUACCUUCCAUUUUUCUGUUGGAGAAAUGACCAUAACACUCGAAGAUGUUGCCCUUUUACUUGGACUAUCAAUCGACGGAAAACCUGUUACAGAUGUGGAUGUUGACCCCAAGUCGCUAUGUGAAAACUUACUGGGGAAAGCACCAACAGAUUUCAAGGGUGCUGUGAAGCUAACAUGGUUGAAGGAGGUUUUCUCUGAAUGUCCCGAAGAUGCAGCGAUUGAACAAAUAGAGUAUUCUACUCGUGCCUACCUCUUAUACCUGUUAGGCAGUACCGUAUUUGCCUCGACGAGUGGGAACAAAGUUAGUGUCAUGUACCUUUCAUUAUUCAAGGAUUUUGAUGAAGCUGGAAAGUAUGCUUGGGGUGCUGCAGCUUUGGCUUUCUUGUAUCGAGCUCUAGGCAAUGCUUCUCUUAAAUCUCAGCGCACGAUCAGUGGUUCGCUAACAUUACUGCAGUGUUGGAGUUAUUAUCACUUGAAUAUUGGCCGACCCAAAUUAAAAAAGGAGCCAGAGAAUUGUUUCCCAUUUCUACUUAAAUGGACAGAAAAUAGAAGUGGUUCCAGAAUGGGAAUAAAUUUGCCCACAUAUCGUAAGGCCCUGGAUUCCCUUCAUCCCUCUGAUGUACAAUGGCUUCCCUACAAGGACAUGGACUUUUCUGUUGUACCAGAAGAUAUCAAGAAUAGUUUGGUCUUGCGUGCAUCAAGAACGAUGCUAAUUUGUUUCGAUAAGGCUGAGAGACAUCUUCCAGACCGAUGUUUGAGACAGUUCGGCCUGCCUCAACCUAUUCCAAAGGACGUCGAGGAUUGGAAGCGGAAAGUUUCUUUAAUGGAUAACAAGGAGGAAUUACCAUCAGAGCUCAAAGAAUGGUCAGACCGGUAUGAACUUAUUGAGAACAGCAUUGAUAGUGUAGGUGAAAGUGAAUAUCUGCAAUGGUACGAAAAGAUCACUCGGAAAUUUGUUGGACGGGCCGAGUCAUGGGAGUCUAGAUUUAGGCAAACAAUCAAGGCUAUGCAUGAAGUUGUGAAGAUAGUAAACUCAAUCUCCACAAACGGGAUGGAUCGCGAGGAUCGCAAGUUAUUUAAUAAUGUGAAAACUAUGGUGCAUAAAAGUUGGACCGAAAAAUAUGCCGACUCGCCUAGUGAAGGGGAUAGCACAAAGCGGACUGGGAAACGUAAGAGGGAAGGCUGAUAAAAAAGCAAUGAUGGUUACUGGUUAGCCACAGUUCAAAUUCAAAUAUAGAAUUUCCAUUCCCCACAAAAGCCAAGGUUCUACUUGUGCUUUCAAAUACUGUUAUUCAGGGUAGAUCCAUAAAGCUCUGGAAUGGUGGAAAUAUUUCAGAUUUGAUCCGUGUAUAAGGCUCUUCUUGGGUUCUCUCUGAUGUUGAUAGACAAACAAUGGAGCUUGUAUAUUCAAAGAUUGGCAAAUGAAGCAGAUAAUAUGGGAUAUGCCUACAAGAGUUUGGGCAAUUGGGUUCAAUAGAUGUUUGAUUCAAAGUUUCAGAAAGUCUCUACAACAAUGCAAUUCAUCCUGUACUCUCUCACAUUUUUCCUUUGUUGUUUGGAAUAGUCACUAUUCCAAGCAACACUGAGUAAUUGAAGGUAAUUCAUUGGGCGAGUUUCUUUUUUAAUAAUGAGUUGAUGAGCACUAGAAACUGAACUUCUUGAUAAAAUUUAUUGGUUUAGAGUAACGACUUCUCUC